AUGGAGGAAAUUGCAGAGACUUGGCAAAAUUUGGGAACAGGGAGAGACUACAAAAGAGGCAUAUUGUUGGGCUCAACCAUGUUNGAGGAUUUGGAAAAAGAAUACGUCGAGGGUUUAAUGAAUGUGAAAUACAAGAAAAUUUGGACCAUUGGCCCUGUUUCACUCUGUAACAAAGAGAAACAGGACAAAGCUGAAAGAGGGAACAAGGCUUCAAUAGAUGAACACAAGUGCCUAAACUGGCUUGAUUCAUGGGAACUAAACUCUGUACUCUUUGUCUGUCUUGGGAGCCUAUCGCGUCUUUCCACGUCUCAGAUGGUAGAGCUAGGGCUCGGGUUAGAAUCAUCGAAACGACCCUUUAUUUGGGUUGUUAGACACAUGUCAGAUGAGUUCAAAAACUGGCUAGUGGAAGAGGAUUUUGAGGAAAGGGUUAAAGGACAAGGACUUUUAAUCCACGGUUGGGCGCCACAAGUACUAAUCUUAUCUCAUCCUUCAAUAGGUGCGUUCUUGACUCACUGUGGAUGGAAUUCGAGCCUGGAAGGUAUAACUGCUGGUGUGGCGAUGAUCACUUGGCCAAUGUUUGCUGAGCAGUUUUGCAAUGAGAGAUUAAUAGUGAAUGUACUCAAGACAGGAGUGAGAUCAGGCAUAGAGAGGCAAGUGAUGUUUGGAGAAGAAGAAAAAUUGGGAACACAAGUAAGCAAAGAUGAUAUUAAAAAGGUGAUUGAAGAAGUGAUGGGUGAAGAAAUGGAAGGUGAAAUGAGAAGAAAAAGAGCUAAAGAAUUAGGAGAAAAGGCAAAGAGGGCUAUGGAGGAAGAGGGUUCAUCUCAUUUCAACUUGACACAAUUGAUUCAAGAUGUGAUAGAGCAAGCAAAUUUUUUAAAAUCUAUGUAGAAUUACAAGAGGUUGAUUUAGGAUAUGUUGCAAUUAAUGUAUGCCAUAUAGUUCAAAUCAAGCCUUAACAAUAAUGUUAUAUUUGAGUAAGUUCAAUUACUUUAGUGCA